AAGUGUCAGUCCACUGCCGUUCAUCCGCUUGCGUGUGCUGUGCUGUGUGGUGUCGAUUUUUCUCAAGUACGAUUAACUUUUCUGAAAAGGCAAUUUAACCCGGAAGAACUGCAAGAAAAAUGUUCGCCCGUACGCUGAAAACCGUUGCUUCCCAGGGAGUGAAGAACUUCUCCACAACAAGCCAGAACAAUGUCAAAGUGGCCGUGUGCGGUGCUUCCGGCGGUAUUGGCCAGCCACUGUCGCUGCUGCUGAAGCAGAGCCCACUGGUGACGGAACUGUCCCUGUACGAUAUUGUCCACACGCCCGGAGUGGCCGCCGAUUUGUCUCACAUUGAAACCCACUCGAAGGUCACCGGCUACAAUGGCGCGGAAAACCUGGAGAAAGCCCUGGCCAACGCCGACAUUGUUAUCAUUCCGGCUGGUGUGCCUCGCAAGCCCGGCAUGACCCGUGAUGACCUGUUCAACACGAACGCGUCGAUUGUGCGCGAUCUGGCCGCUGGCUGCGCCAAGGCUUGCCCCAAGGCCCUGAUCGGAAUCAUCUCGAACCCGGUCAACUCGACGGUGCCGAUUGCCUGCGAAACCCUCGCCAAGGCUGGUGUGCUGGAUGUGAAGCGCGUGUUCGGUGUGUCCACGCUGGACAUCGUCCGUGCCAACACCUUCAUCGGUGAAGCCGCCGGUGUCGAUCCCCAGAAGGUCAACGUUCCGGUCAUCGGUGGCCACUCCGGUGUGACAAUCAUUCCUGUCCUGUCGCAGGCCACUCCCUCGGUGAGCUUCCCCCAGGACAAGAUCGCUGCCCUGACCGAACGCAUCCAGGAGGCCGGUACCGAAGUCGUCAAGGCCAAGGCCGGAGCUGGUUCGGCUACCCUGUCGAUGGCCUACGCUGGAGCUCGGUUCGCUUUGGCUCUGGCCCGUGCCAUGAAGGGCGAACAGAACGUGGUUGAGUGCGCUUACGUCCGCUCGGAUGUGACCGAAGCCAAGUACUUCUCCACUCCUCUGGUGCUGGGCAAGAACGGUCUGGAGAAGAACCUGGGACUGCCUAAGCUCAACGCUUUCGAACAGGAACUGCUGAAGAAGGCUCUGCCAGAGCUAAAGAAGAACAUCCAGAAGGGCGAAGACUUCGUCAACAAGAAGUAAAGAGGAUCUACGUCAAAUGGUUAGGUGGCACCAUAAAUUAUUGUAGAAAAGUAUCUGUUAAGUACAACAACUACAACAGCGCAUUUGGCAGGCUACCUUAAAAAAUUACCAUCAUCUUUUGAUAAGUCAACUACCGAUAUUAAGUAUAUAUAAUGGCUGCCCUAGGGCAGUCAAACGAAUCUGUAACUAAAAAAAACACGAUAUUGUCCUCUCUGUGGUAGACAAAAAACAACUUCCAAAGAAGAGUAGGUCGUAGUUCCAGAAAUUGAAAAGGAAACCAUCUCUAGAAUGAAAUUCUUGAAUAAAGUUUGUGGUGGGCUACUCCCAUCGAAGAAUGUACCUAA